AUGGAAAACACAUUGUCAAAAAUAUUAAAUUUUGAAAAUAAAAAUAUAAACUGUAAUAAUAGUAAUAAUAAUAAUAAUUAUAAAAAUAAUAAUAAAAAUAUUAAUAAUAGUUAUAAUAAUUAUAAUAAUAUUUGUUUAGCAGACAUAAAAUCCGAAGUAGAUUAUUAUUCAUAUAAUAACAAACCAAACCUAAGGGUUUUAACAAGCUCCCCCUUACCACAGUAUUCUCCAAAGAAUACAACACCUUUAUCUUCUCCAUCUGAUUGCCCAAAUGAUAAACUAUUAUUAUCAUAUUUAAAUAAUAAUAAUAAUAAUAAUAAUAAUAAUAAUAAUAAUAAUAAUAAUAAUAAUAAUAAUAAUAAUAAUAAUAAUAAUAAUAAUAAUAAUAAUAGUAAUAAUUACAGUAAUAAUAAUAAUUUAAAAUUCCAAAAUGUAAAUAAUGAUUUAUUAAAUAGUAGUACAAAUACAACACCAACCAAAAUUCCAAUAAAUCUUUUUUUAAAUCCUCUAAUAAAUGUAAAUGAAAAUUGUCCAACUAAAUCUCUAGAUGAUGAACCUGUAAAAAAGAAAUUAAAACCAGAUUUUAAACCAGAUGUAAAUAUUAAAUAUAUUCAAUUUGAAUUUGAUCAAACUCCUUUAUUUAUUGCAUCAUUUCAUAAUAAUACUCAAAGUUUAAGAAAUAUGAUUCAUGUUGGUACUGAUCUAAAUCAUCAAUGUAGAAAAAAAGGUUGGUCUCCAUUGAUGUAUGCUGCUCAAGAAAAUAAUUUUGAAAUUAUUGAUCAAAUAUUAUCAACAGGAUGUACAAAAAUUGAUGCAGUUAAUUUAGAAGGUAAUACAGCAUUAUAUAUUGCAUGUUUAAAUUCAAAAGUUAAAAUUGUAAAUAGAUUAUUAAUUUCAGGAUCAAAUGUAAAUAUUCAAAAUAAAGUUGGUUGUACACCAUUAAUGAUAUCUUCAUCAAUUGGAAAUAAAGAAAUUAUUAAAUUACUAAUAUCAUAUGGUGCUCAAGUUAAUAAAACUGAUAAUCAUGGUUAUAAUGCAUUAAUGUAUUGUUUAAUCUACGGUUACAAUUUAAAAAAUUUAACAAAUUAUUGUAAUGGUACUACUAUCAACGAAACUGAUAAUAUUAAUAUUAAUAAAACCAAAAUUAUAAAUAUCUUAAUUAAACAAGGUUCAAAAUUAAACCAAAUUUCAAAAGAUGAAUGGACACCACUAAAAUUAGCAAUUAAACAUUGUUUAAACAUUGAUUCAAUUAAACCAUUAAUACACAAUUGUAACUCUUUCAAUGAUGAAUCAUUUAUUGACUCUCAAGGUUGGACUCCAAUUAAAAUAGCAAUAAGAUAUUCACCAAUCAAUAUCAUAGAUUUCAUAUUAUCAUCUUAUCCAAAUUAUAUAAAUCAAAAAAAUGAUUUACUAGAUUAUUUUAAAUUAGCAAUACAAUUUAGAUCAAUUGAAGUAUUCAUUUAUCUAUAUAAUUUAUUUUUUAAUAAUAAUAAUAAUAAUAAUAAUAAUAAUAAUAAUAAUAAUAAUUGUAAUAAUAAUUUUAAAGAUAUUUUUAACAAAAAAGAUAUCGAUUUUUUAAAUUCAUUAGCUAAUGAAUAUAGUAAUAAUAGUAAUAAUAUAAAUUGUAAUAAUAGUGACACUUUUAAAAUACAAGAGUAUUUAAAUAAACUUUUAGAAUAA